AGUUAACUGCGAAAAAUCCCCUAAACUUUGGACGUUUUUGCGCUUUACCCCCUGAACGGAAAAAAGUUGCACGAGCAUACCUGAACUUGUUAAAUUGUUGCACCGAUGAUUAAAAAAUCCAUUUAUAGCAAAAUUCCUGCCUGAAUUGCACACGUGCAACUCACACGUGAAAAUGAAGGGGCAAUUUCGUCAAUUCACAAGACUUUCAGAUAAAAGAAUAAAAAGAAAAAUUGAAUUUUGUUUUUUGGGGGUAAAGGAAAAAAAAUGAAAGCGGGUCAAAAUAACCCGGAAAAAUUCAUCUGGGAUUCGAUGAGGAGUACAUCGGUGGUGGGGCAGCUUCUUCACAAGGUAAAGCUCUGCCCAAGCUAAUGGUGUGGCUGAUUCUGUUCGUUUCCGCCACGUAUGUUGUGUACGCAUUGAAGCUGGUUUCCACCUCCCACACGGCCGCCGCCGCCUGCGGCGGCGAGGACUUAUUCUCCAAUCGCCACCCACAAACCGUCCGCCUUGCCGAACCGACGGCCGGAAACUUAUUCUCGAGAAAAUGCAUUCAGAGGUACCCUGGUUUGUACGGCUCCGAUGAUAGAAUGCAGGCUUGUAUGGCUGAACUCGGUGUCCCACUCACUAAGGAACUCGGUUUUCACCAGAUGGUGGUGCGGCGGCGGUGGAGAGAGAUGGUGGUGCGGCGGCGAUGGAGAGAGAUGGUGGCGCGGCGGCAGUGGAGAGAGAUGGUGCGGCGGCGGUGGAGAGAGAUGGUGGUGCGGCGGCGCUGGAGAGAGAUGGUGGUGCGGCGGCGGUGAAGAGAGAUGGUGGUGGCGGUGGUGUGAAAAAUCUUCCCCUCUUUUGCAGCAAGAGGGACACGAAGAAGAUGGGUGGGCUUUUUUUCUUUUUCUUUUUUUAUUCUUCCUUUUUCUUUUUUUUUCUUUUUCUGUUCUCCUUUUUUUUUAUUCUUUUAUCUGAAAGUCUUGUGAAUUGACGAAAUUGCCCCUUCAUUUUCACGUGUGAGUUGCACGUGUGCAAUUCAGGCAGGAAUUUUGCUAUAAAUGGAUUUUUUAA